AUCCAUACCUCAAUCGACGGAGGGAACAGAUCGACGUCAUCGAGCCUAUACCCCAUUCCUCACACACUGAGCUAAGGAGUGCACAUCUCACUCGCGGCCACCCCCCACCCCUUCAUCAGGCUCAGCCACGCCGCCAGAUGGGAGGCUACGAGACCGUAUCGCCCCCUGUUAACACGAUGUUACGAAUUCAUACACACGCACCUGCUCAACCCCUUCACCAGGACAUAAACGACACACCGCUGUGCAUAGAUUUGGCAUCCAGCGACAGCUGCAGCUGCAGUGGCAGUGAGAGUGACACAGCAGGGCGGACAGUAGCCACUUCCGGCUCUCACAGGGAGGGGAGGAGGAGGUCUCGUUCACGCCCUCACUCAACCCCCAUUUCCUCCCCCAGCCCCAUACCCCAAUCAAUCAGCGACAGCUAUGACAGCAACAGCAGCAGCAGCAGCAGCAGCAGCAGUGGUGAGAAUCGUACCAUUUUCAUCUCAGACAGUGACUCAGACGACAGCUCAGCAGACCGUGACCUUGACCCGCCAGCGUCUGUCAAUUCUGACUUAUUAGCACCGUCAGGCGUAGUAGCUGAGCCAGCGGUCUCACCCAUUCAUCUCGGAGGGGGAGGGUUAUCACCACCCCCCACCCCUCCCAGCCCUAUCCCAUCACCCCCUCCACCUCUUUCCCCCUCCCCUCCACCUGCGCUAGAAAUUCAACCUCAGUUGCUGGAUCGAAUUGACAACUAUAACGGCAGCUACAUCUAA